ACUCAUGCAUAACAAAUACUAGUUCACAGGGAUUGGGCACCUACCGUAGCCCUGAUUUGAAGUUCUAGAGUUCCGCGGGCGGGAUGCCGUGCCCGUUUGGUUUCACCGCUGAGGACGGUGAAUAUGAUUUGGGGGAUAUCACACCAACGGAGGAUGAGGAGGAGGAGCAGGUAGCGGAGGGCACCGGUUCGGGCAACGAGAAGAAGGACAAGAAGUCCAAAAAGUCCAAGAAAAAGGACAGCGCUGAUGAGCCAGUGGAGGAAAUAAAGCCGUCUGGCGGAGCCAAGAAGAAGAAGGACAAGAAGAAGGCUCCCGAGGAGCUGGAAUUUGAUUUCGAGAAGGACCCUGUGUCCUGGUUCUACCAGAACCAAAUCAAGAGUGAGGCAGAAUUCGCCAAGAAGAAGGAUUCUCUCAGGGCCGAGGCCCGCAAGCGGCUGGACGCCAUCAUGUCCAGAAAGGACAAGCACCUGGAGUGGCCGUCCGACUCGGACCUGGACGACCUGUCCAUCCGCAGCAGCGAGCUGUCCGACCUGGACAGCGACGUGGACUCGCUGGGCUCCAUCAUCAGCUGCGCCAACUCGUGGAUUGAGGACGCCCGGUACGGCACGCCCGCGGAGAAGACGCUGCAGUGGACCGCGUACACGGCCCUGGCGACGAGCGGCUACUCGCUCUGGCUGACGGUGCAGGCGGUGAACACCACCCGCAAGGUCGUUGGCGUGCUGGCGAACAGCGUGUGGCCCAACGCCGCCUUCGCGGGCGCCGCGCUGCUGGGCGCCAGCUUCAUCGGGCUGCUGCUAGCGGUGCGCUACCGCUCCAAGCGCAUCCUGCUGCUCAGCCAGGCGGCGUGCCUGUUCCUGUACAGCGCCUUCCUGGUCAUCACGUGCGGCGUGGUGUUCCAGCCCACCGUGGUGGACGCCAAGCUCCGGGACGUGGCGUGUGUCCGGUACAGCAACACGGACCAGGGCUCGCGGCUGUGCAAGAUGAUUCCCGGCAUCGAGCGCGACCUGGCGGAGCAGAUGUACAGCCUCAUGUGGGCCGCCGGCCUCGCGGCCAUCACCGCCAUGGCCACCCUCAUCACAAGCAUCUGGUACCUGUACGAGCUGGCCUACAUUGAGAAGAAGGCCAUCAAGCACAAGCGCCGCCACAAGCGCCGGAAGCACUCCAUCCCCUGGGAGAAGAUCAAGAUUGUGGGCCCCGUCACAAACUGCGGCGCCGUCAAGCCCGCGGGCGGCAAGGCGGGCGCGACCGGCGGCAAGUGCCCCAUCGCGCACGGCGGCGCCACCACUGGCGCAUCCAAGUGCCCCGUGGCGGGCAUGGUGGGCGCCAGCAAGGGCUCGGGCGAGAAGAAGAACGAUUAGUCCAACUUGCAUGACUCAUCAAACUUUUAAAAUAUACAACCCAACAUCUAUGAGCCUCCUGUGAACUCCGUCCUCGUACGCGGUUGGAUUGGCAGGCGGCAGUGCUGCGGCUUUGAGGUAUGCUAGGCUGCUGGCCUUUUGCAUUGGCGGCACGGUGUGCGCAUGUGCAUGUGGGCAUGCCUAUGAAGGCAGAACAUGGCUGCUGUUUGCGCUCAUAGUAAGCGCCAUUCCACGCCAUUCAUGCAUACGGUACAUGAAAGUGGGGAUGCCGCCAAGGAUGCCGCCGCAACGUGUGAACUGGCUCGGCGGUGUAACGGACAGCGGAGUCCAGUGUAUAUAGCGCGCGCUUGCGACUGCCAGGUGCUUGGAUUGUGCAAGGGUCAUGUCAUCAGGCUGCCCGGCUUAGAGUUGAUGGCUGUCAAAGACGGCGACAGCCGAAGUUAGGGCCGCGUGUAAAACCCAACGCCA